AUGCAGGAUUUCUGCUACGAGAAAUCAAAGACUUCUGAUUUUACUCAAGAACUUUUAGAUAAACAGUUUCAACUCGACAAGAGAAGAGAACUAUUUAAGACAGUUGAGAAUGCCAUUACUGGACUAGGUCUUGAAAAAAUUUGGGACGUAAAGCCAUUGGUUAAUGGCAAAUAUAUUAUCAGCGUUUUGCAGCUUAAAUCAGGAGGACCUCUUGUUCGGGAAUGGCAACAAAAAUUGCUAGCUUGGCAACUUGCCCAUCCCACAGGAACUGCAGAAGAAUGCCUUGAUUGGAUGAAUGAAACGCAUUUAAAGCGCACCAAAAUGGCGUAAACAUCAAUCUAAUUCAAUCUCUAUUUAAUAUAAGACCUCAUCUAAUCUGACUGGAAGUUGCUUUUGCACGUUCCCCUGAGUUCCCAUGAACAUUCAUGUAGCUUUGGGUAAUAGACUGAUGGAGAA